GUGCUUGGUCUCACAACUUGGCUCUCAUGUCUGAGCUCUGAGAGCCCCGUGUUAUCUUGUGUUGCUUCUUAUCGAACGCCCAAGAAAAUCAAUACUACAUUGUCAAAGGGCAAUGAUCUUGGAACAUUGGCAAAGUGGAAUCUAUCAGGCAAUCUCAAUUGCAAUGGGUGGUACAAGAGGCGACCCAAGACUCCAAGACUCUCACUUUCCCACCACGCCAAGGAUUCCGCCUCGGCGAAAGUCUUGGAUGAAAGCUCCAUGAGUGUGCCAAGGGAUUGACAUGGGAUCUCAUCACCAUGUCGACGUCCAUCUCAGAUCUUGAUGAUAGUCACAGCGCCUCUCCAAUAACAGCAUCAAGGGUUCGGUAGGGGUUCCCAGUCGCAUGCCUACCAAGAGAUAACAGGGUGUCGCGCACACCGGGCCAAGGUCCCAUUCCAAGAAAGUGGCGAGGUGGAAUGAUGGUCGUCCAGGCAUAUAUUUCGUGGAGACAGCCAUAUAACAUGUCUUCUCCUUUCCAUCGCCUGUUGGUCCUGUACCUUGGUAGACAAGACCAAAUCACUUAACACACGACCCUGCCUUAAACCCACCAUGGCGGACCCAAAAAGUCUGGACGAGAAGCCCUCGCCUGAAUCUCCCAGUCUCAGUGGCGAGCAACAUCGACGAGUUUCCGUUAACGGAGAUCUCGCUGUCGAGAAUACCGAUGUCCCCAAACAGUAUGGUUUCUGGACCCGCAUGGGCUGCACUCCAGAGUCGUUCAAGCCCCGUACACUGGCAGACAAGCAUAAUCAACUGAAUCAGACACUACGCUCGCGUCACAUGCACAUGAUCGCAAUUGGCGGUUCUAUCGGCGCUGGUCUUUUCGUUGGUUCUGGUGGUGCACUUGCCACUGGAGGUCCUGCUUCUCUUCUGAUUGAUUUCUCCAUUAUCGGUGUCAUGAUCUUCAAUGUUGUCUAUGCAUUGGGAGAGUUGGCUAUCAUGUAUCCCAUUUCCGGCGGCUUCUACACCUACUCGACUCGGUUCAUUGACCCCUCAUGGGGUUUCGCUAUGGGUUGGAAUUACUGCCUGCAGUGGGCUGUAAUCUUACCAUUCGAAAUUGUCGUUGCAGCUGAAUGUAUCCGAUACUGGGACGAUACUACCAGUCAGGCUGUAUGGUAUACCAUGUUUCUCGUCGCCAUCAUUCUUGUCAACAUCUUUGGUGUUCUUGGAUACGGCGAAGAAGAGUUCUGGACUAGUAUUUUGAAACUUGCCACCAUCAUCAUCUUCAUGUUUGUUGCACUUGUUUUGGUGUGCGGUGGUGGUCCAAGUGACGGUCAAUUCGGUUCUUACUGGGGCGCCAGGACAUGGUACGACCCCGGUGCUUUCCGAAACGGCUUCAAGGGCUUCUGCUCUGUCUUCGUCACGGCUGCCUUUUCCUUCGCCGGAACCGAACUUGUUGGUUUAGCCGCAGCCGAAUCUCGAACUCCUCUCAAGUCCCUCCCAUCCGCCGUCAAGCAAGUCUUUUGGCGUAUCACCCUCUUCUACAUCUUGGCUCUUACUUUCAUCGGUUUACUGGUCUCCUCUGAUGACCCUCGUCUCUUUGGUGCUGGAAACUUCAUCGAUACUACUGCCUCCCCAUUCGUCAUUGCGGCGUCUGAUGCUGCUCUCACCGGCUUUGACUCAUACCUCAACGUUGUCAUCUUGGUUUCAGUCCUGUCGAUUGGUAACUCUGGUGUCUACGGUGGAAGUCGAACAUUGACUGCGCUCGCCGAACAAGGCUACGCACCAAGAAUUUUUGCAUACGUCGACCGCGCCGGCCGACCUUUGAUGUCCACUCUCCUCAUCAUCGCGAUGGGUGGUCUUGCAUACAUCGGUGUUGCCGACCAGGGUGUGGAGAUCUUCGAUUGGCUAUUGGCCCUUUCUGGCUUGGCUGCCCUCUUCACCUGGGGUUCCAUCUGCCUUGCACACAUUCGCUUCCGCCGCGCCUGGGCCUACAACGGUCGCACCACCGAUGAGAUCCCCUUCAAGGCCAUCGGUGGCGUCUAUGGCUCCUAUCUCGGCUUGGGCAUCAUCGUCGUUGUCCUGAUCGCAACAUUCUACGUCUCGAUUUUCCCCGCAGGUAAUGAAGGUGAAAUGAACGAUGCUGCUGGGUUCUUCAAGUCGUACUUGGCCGCUUUCGUCGUUGCAUUCUUCUGGGGCUGUGGUUAUCUCUGGAAGCGAACUGGUUGGUUGAAGACCUCGCAAAUCGAUGUUGACAGUGGACGACGUGAGAUUGAUUGGGAAGCCCACCGUGCAGCUGUUGAGAAGCGCCGAAAUGCUGGUCCUUUCAUGAAGGUUAUCUACUUCAUGUUCUAA